CUCUUUCUUCUUUUUUUUCUUCUUCUCUUUAAAUAAUAUGGGUCGAAUUGUUAGACAUCAACCUUCAGAAAAUGGUCAAAAUGGACAUGCCGUAAAGCACACAGAAGCAUUGCCAAACGAAAAGAAUAAGAAUCAGGAGCAUUUUGUUGAGCGUGUUAUUUCUAUCCCACUUGUGAAAGAUAGCAUGUCUACUGCUCAGGCUAUUGCCAAUAAGUCUUUUGUGGGUAGAUAUGCCUUAUCAACAGUUAAUUCCACUUAUCAUUACGCUCUCAACAAUCAGCCUAAAUAUCUUCAAGACUGUUAUCAACAAUAUCUUCAACCUCAUGUUGAAAAAGCAAACGUAUUAGGCUGUCUAUCGCUUGACGCGAUUGAAUCAAAAGUGCCCAUGAUAACAAGGCCUAGCUCAGAUAUCAUUCAGACUGUUACUCCUUACCAUAUCAUAGAUGGUGUCAAACUAAAGCUGAAUUCUACUCUUCAGACAGUAGCUCAUCCUGCUCACAUUGCUAUCCAAUCCGUCAACAAGCAAUUUGGUACGAUUGUAGUCGAUAACCUGGAGGAUGUUGUUGAUAGAUAUCUUCCACCAUCAUGUGAUGAUAAAGAACAGACAUCAGAUAAUAAAAGCAAAAAAGGAAACUCUGAAAAUAAUCAAGUGAAGCGCGCAUACGGUGUAUUAAAUGAAGCUUCUCGUCGUAUUAGUCAAAAAGUAUCUCGCUCAACAGCUCACUUACCCAAGUCUCGUCAUGAUUUGGCUCAGUUGGCUGAAAGCAAUCCAACGGUUCAAAACAUGUUUGAACAACUGAAGCUCAUACAAGAAACCCUGGUUCAUUCCGUUACUGUCUAUACAAAUGCUGCCCAAGAUCGUCUACCUGCUUCUGCCACAUCUCGUGUUCGAUCCACAAUAGAAUAUGUUAAUCAGGUCAUGUCUAUGGUUCAAAAUCAAGUUGUUCAACUGACUGAAAAGCUAAAAGUUCAGUCAGCUGAAACACCUGAAUGGGUGAAGCAAAAGAUAAAUGCUCUUCUUGAACUUACAAACAAACAAAUUGCUUUGAUCCUUAAUGAGUUUGCUCGUACUGAUAUUAGCCAUGUCGAGAAAUUCAAGCUUGUCACUGCUCAUAUUCAAGAUCAAGUUGUCCCUCUUCUUGAAAAUCUUAGUUCUUAUGUGCUUCUCCUUAAAGAUAAAGCACAAGGACAUUUAAGCAUGCAUCAAAAAAUUAAGACACAGUGAGUAUCCUUUGAUUCAAAAAAAAAAAAGAAAAAACAAAAAUAAAAGAAACAUACAAACAAGA